AUGGUUCUAUAUUAAAUGCUUCAGAAAGCUUCCGGUCUAAAAGUUAUACUGAAAUACAAUUCUGCACCAAUUUCCAUUCUUGAAAAAGGCAGGUUCUUAAAAAAUUAAGCUAUUUUAUAAAAUCUUAUGAGAAAUCGAGACCUAAUAGUAAUCUCUGAUGCUUUUGGUGGGCGGAAGUCAAAAAAACCAAGCAUUGCAAGUCAAAAAUCAAGGUUAUGCUGACAGUUUUCUUCGAUAAUCGUGGUGUGGUGCACUCCGACUUCUUUCAAAUCGGCUAAACUGUCUACUAGAAAAUCUACUUGAGUGUUAUGCGUCGUUUUCGCAAAGCUAUUCGUAAAAAGAGGCCGGAAUUACGGGCCGGCAGCUCUUGGUUUUCACACAUCGAUAAAGCCCCGUCGCAUUCUGGAUUGAUUCUUCGUGAGUUUUUCAUCAAAUUUUUAACCAAUAUCGUGUCGCAACCUACCGUACCGUGCACCGUGUGACUCCUGGCUAUUCCGCUCUGGUGAACCGUUUUGAGUCAAUUGAAGACAUUGAACGGGAGUCGCUACACGCAUUCCGGAAACUGACUUUAACAUCUAUUUCGCGGAAGCAAACAGAAGACUUCGAAUCCUUAUUUGCCUCAUUAUAUAUAUUCCACCUCAAUACUACUAUACAAUACUUUCCACUUCGAUUUUACUACGAGUAUAAACUUUUUGAAGCCUUUUUUUCCAACACUUACUACUCCAAUAAGAUUGACAACAAUCAAAAAAAUAAUUUCCAGGCAUUUAUCAAAAAAAUAAAAUAAAAUUUGAAUUUUCCGCAAAAAAAAUGUUCUUGCAAUUGCUACGCCAGCACAUACCGCCCACGCUGCAGCGUCGAGUGACUUUAAUCGAACAUCGUAAAACGACGUGCAUUUGCGCACAAUCAUUGCAAUAUUGCGACUAUGGUGAACCCGCUGACGUACUGCAGCUUGUCGAGUUGGAUUUGUCCGAACCGAAAGACAAUGAAGUGUUGGUGAGAUUAUUGGCCGCACCGAUUAAUCCCUCCGACAUCAACACCAUACAAGGCAAAUAUCCGGUGAAAUUACCGUUACCCGCAAUCGCCGGUAAUGAAGGUGUCGGAGAAGUGCUGCGCGCCGGCGCCAACGUUCAAAAACUGAAGCGAGGUCAACGUGUUGUUGUAGUCGAGAGCGCGCUGGGCACUUGGCGGACACACGCAAACUUUUCCGAGCAACAACUCUUGGGUAUACCGAAUAAGAUGGACUUGGCGACCGCUGCCACAAUGGUGGUGAAUCCACCGACUGCCUAUCGAAUGCUGAAGGAUUUCGUGCCACUCGCACAAGGCGAUUGUGUUAUACAAAAUGGCGCCAAUAGCGCUGUCGGUCAAAUAGUUCACCAAUUGUGUAAAGCAUGGGGUCUCAAGUCAAUUGGCAUCGUGCGAAAUCGCCCGAACUUGGAAGAGCUGAAAACGUAUCUAAAACUACUCGGAGCAAGUGAGGUACUAACGGAGGAGGAACUAGCGCAAAAAGAUGUGGCGAAUAAACUCUGCAAACUGCCGACGCCACGUCUGGCGCUCAAUUGUGUUGGCGGUAAGAAUGCCUCGGAGAUGGCAAAGCUGCUGGCCGUUAAGGGUGUCAUGGUCACAUACGGCGGCAUGUCGCGUAAGCCUGUGGUGAUUCCAACGCCUGCGCUUAUUUUCAAAAAUAUCUCCUUCUGUGGAUUUUGGGUCACACGUUGGAUGAGGGAGCACAAGGGCAAGCCGACGCGUGACAAAAUGUUUGCUGAACUCAUUGAGAUGUUCGACCAAGGCAAGCUGAAAGGUGUCAAGCACGAGAUGGUGCCGCUGAAGGAUUAUAAAAAGGCAGUUUCAGAUGCAUUGGACUUAAAGGGCAUGGUGGGGAAGAAAUACAUUUUGCAAAUGAAGUGUUGAGUUUUAAAUAAAUAGUAGUGUUGAAUAGAUAUGUUGUUGUUGCAGUAUAAUAGUUACAUUGUUACAAAAUUUUGCCGGGCUUUGGAUGUGGUUGACUUAACCCGAAGUGUAAAAGCAAUAAAAGAGAACUUUCU